GCUCCCCGUCUUCUCUGUCCUCUCUCCCCUCCCCCUCUGCUCGCUCGCUGCGGCUCACCUCUCUCUCCCCUCCCUCCGCCGGCCGCUGCCGCUGCGUGUUCUCCUCCCCCCUCCGAUGGCGUCUGCCCAGUUUGGUGCUGCUUCGCAGAUGGAGAACCGCGGCGCGUUCGGAACGAAGAGGUCGCGGAAUGACGUGUCUGUCAGGGAGGGGGACUGGAGUUGUCAUCAGUGUGGUAAUGUCAACUUCAGUUUUAGAAAUGCUUGCAACCGUGGAUCCUGUGGUGCGCCCCGUCCGUCACCGAGUCCAAGCCCAAGAAUGAUGCCAGCUCCUGCUGGUGGUGGAUAUGAUCGGUCGCCUCUAUUUUACGGUAGUGCUGGUGCCCCGCCGCCUCACAUGCCUAAUGGAUCUGCUAGCUAUGGUUCUCCAUAUCCACAAAUUGGAUUGCGAUAUGGUUAUGGUCCACCAGUAGGACCUCCUGGCUCAUAUGGUCUCAUUUCUUCUUAUGGUCAACCUGGACCAAUGGGAGGUCCAAUGGGUGGGAUGGGUUAUGCACAUGGACCUGAGUUGGGUCGAUAUGGCCCUGAAUUGGGUCGAUACGGCCCUGACUUGGGUCGAUACAACUAUGGAUUUAGAGGAUCUCCUAUGCCGGUUUCUAGCCCAUGGUCUGGUGGAGCAUUACCGGAAAAUAAUGACACCACUGCUUCACGAAAGCGUCGGGGAGGCCCAGAUGGACUGUCUGAGGGUGACUGGGAAUGCCCAACAUGUAAAAAUGUCAAUUUUGCCUUCAGAAACACUUGCAACAUGAAGAAAUGUGGAGCUCCAAGACCGACCUCUGGAGCUAACUCGAGCUCAGCUCGCAAAGACAAGGAUGCUCCAGAAGGGAGCUGGACCUGUCCUGAAUGUAAUAACCUGAAUUACCCCUUCCGCACGGUGUGCAAUCGGAAAGGAUGCUCAAGCGAUAAGCCAACCUCGCCAAACAACUAGUACACUGCAACCUUGAUGACAACCAUUGUCACAACAUUGUUGUAUUCUAGUCAUACAGGUUUAAUGUAAACUGCACAAAUGUGUUCCAUGUAGACAAAGAUCUAUUGUGUUCGAUUGUAUCUUCCCAAUUUCCAUUGACAGUGAACCAGCCUUUAUACUUGCCACAGAGAUUCACAGAUAUAACAUUCAGAUCAAUUACAUAUAAUGGUCCAUGAA